AUGCCUAAGAUUGAAAAGGGUCCGGCGCACCGCCUUUCUGUAUCGACCGCAUCAGCCGCAGGCGGAACUCGGAGCUCCUCCUGGUCAGCUAAAGAUGACGAAACACUUAUCCAGGCCAGGGCACAGGGCCUCAACUGGAACCAAAUUGGACCGAAACACUUCCCUUCCAAGACCCCCAAUGCUUGUCGCAAACGGCACGAACGGUUGAUGGAGAGGCAGAAUGCAGAGCAAUGGGACGGCGUGAAGCUGGACGUGCUAGCACAAGCCUAUAUGGAAGUGCGACGGGACAUGUGGAGUAUGCUAGCUGCCCGGGUUGGAGAGAAGUGGCAACUGGUAGAGACAAAGUGUAUGGAGAAGGGGCUAAAGAAUCUUACUCAGGCCUAUAGGUCAGCGCAGAAGAAGCUCGAGAAUGGUACCUACCACGACCAUGAAGAUAGUGGAGUAGGCGUUUCUGACCUCGAAGAAGAACAAGAGGAUCAUCAUGUGGACUUGCACACCCUGUCCACAAUCCCCGAUACUCAUUACUCCGCAUACCCAAGCUACCCUAUGCAGCGUCAACAACGAGUACCGAGCAUCCAGUCCAUGCUGCAACCGAUGCAACAGCACCAACAGCAUCCCAUGCAACAAUCGAUGCAGCAGCCAAUGCAACAAUCAAUGCAACCAUCGAUGCAGCAAAACAUGCAGCCGCCGAUGCAGCAGACCAUGCCGCAGCAGAUGCAAUACUCUCCGCAUUCGCAUCAUCUUCCGCACCAGCAAUGA